CACUUGAAGAUCAUUCAGCAAGCAAAAUUCAAAAUGUUCAAGUUGUGUAUUUUUGUUGCUAUCUUCGCUUUCGCAGCAACUACCCCAGUAUCUGAAGCCAAAGCUGAUCCCAGUCUAAUUGCUGCUGCCUAUACUGCCCCCGUUGUAGCAGCUCCUGUUGCCUACACAUCUGCCUAUUCUGCUCCUUUGACAUAUGCUAGUUAUGUUGCUCCUUCGGUAUACCCUGCUGGAUACACUGCCUACUCUCCCUACACUGGAUCUUAUGUCGUGCUGUGAAAUGCUUUCUUGUUUAUGGUGUUCGUGAAAUUCAAUAAAUUUGUUGA